AAGAACAGACAGGUAGUUAACUUGUUAGGUGCUUCAGCAGAUUUGAAUUGCUUACCACAGAUGUCGACAAAAGCUUUGCCCCGGGACAUAAAUUACACAUUACAUGCAGGUUCUUUCCUUUAAUUUCAACAAACUUGAAAUAGUGUCUAUAUCUCCACCUCUUAAAGGACAAUUUUUCUUCUGAAUGCUCUGCCAUCCAGACCCUGUGCAUCUGUUUUGCGUGUGUGUGUUUGCUGCACGCGCUGUUCCGGUUUCCUUGUGAAAUCACCGGCCCUGAUUGGCUUACCACGACACAUGACUCUAACCCUCAGCCAAUCACAAUCACUUCCAUCGCAUCUCUCAAGGGGCUGGAUUCAGCUUUCGUACUUUUUCACAAAUCCAACUGAAAUCCGGGUUGGGCUCACUGGAUAUGCUGUCUGCACUGACUACUACGACAUGGUCCAGCCCCCUACGAGACAGACUUGGCACUGUAAGAGGAAAAUUAAAGAGGAUGAACUCCAUCACAUUUGCUCUGCUUCUCCUCACUGGUCUCCAAGGUUGUGCUCUGACUUUGGAUAGUGAUGGCUUAAACAAUGGACUAGAUGCAGUGAUGAUAGCUGGCAGUCCUUGUGACGACUGCACAAAAAUAAUCAACCUUCUCGGUGACCUGUUUUCCAACACGGACCUCCAGAAAAAAAUCACCAAAGGCAUUGGCAACCUAUGUGAUCACCUGCCUGGAAAAGCUAGCAUGGCUGAAUUCUGCAAGGAGGAGGUGGACAAGAUCGUUCCAGUGGUCAUCAGCUUAAUUUCUGUGGUAGCGAAGCCAGGGGACAUCUGCAAAAUCAUGGGACUGUGCGGCUCCAACGAGCAACAAAAAACGCUCAGUAUUUUGAUCAACGAGGUCCUCCAGCUUGCCAAGGGGCAAGAAAAUGAGAAACCAACUUCUCCGUGCUCUUUCUGCAUCUUUUUCAUCAAGACGUUAGACGACUUGCUGCCCAAAGAGAGAACUGAGGAAGCCGUGGUGCAGGCUCUGGAAGUCGUGUGUCAGAUCCUCCCAGUCUCCUACCGUGAUCAGUGCGAGGUAAUCGUUGGCAGGUUCAGCAAGACGCUGAUAGAUGCCCUCAUGAGCUACGCCACACCAAAGGCCAUCUGCACCCUCAUUCGCCUCUGCCCCAGUCAGGAGGGUCCUCCUGUUGAUCCCUGUACUCUUGAAGCAUACAGGUGCAGAGACCUGCAAACCUCUCUGAAAUGUGGGACUUUGUUCUACUGUCAAAGAUUUGCCUGGAAACCCCUGAGCGACAAACGUCGCUGAAGACCCCAGCUAGAUGGACCAAGGCUGUGAAAAUAUUUAAUCCCGGUAUAGCACAAAGCCAUUUUUUAUUUUGUCAGGGUGGAAAUAUGUCAGCGCUCUGGUAAGAGCCAGGUGGCGUGUCCGUAAAAAAAAGCAUAUUUCUUUAACAGCUGUGAUAUUAUUAUUAUUACUACAAUGACACUUAUCAGGUUCUGAUUUAAUGUUGGUGGGCUGUAUUUGUAUUUUCCUUUUCCUGAGAGGGUGACAGUAUGGGUUCUCACGUAGUUAAUACAUUCAUGUACUAGAUUUUUUUUUUUUUACUUAAAAUUUCCUUUUACACAAACCUGUGAUCAUUUUGCAUCUGUUGUUGAAUAAAA